AUGACCGACACGGUCCAACCACAGCUGGAGACAGCCCAGUCUCAUGUCGAUGAGAAGCUCGCUCAGCCUCAGCUAGAGGAACUCCUCCUCGCCCAGAAGGCCACGGAUGGAGAGCACAACAUGGGCCUCAUCCAGGCUGUCAAGACAUACCCCAAGGCUGUGGCGUGGUCCAUGGCCAUCUCAUUUGCCGUGGUCAUGGAAGGGUUUGACGUCAUCCUACUCUCCUCGUUCUAUGCCUACCCUUCCUUUGUCAAGCGGUUUGGCGUGCUGGCACCCAACGGAACGUACCAGAUCCCAGCCCACUGGCAAGUCGCUCUCGGCAACUCCGCCGGGGUGGGCGGCAUCAUUGGUCUCAUCGUAAGCUGCCUCUACUUUUACUCCAAGCUCACGCUCCAGCUCAACGGGUUCAUUGCAGAGCGUAUCGGAUACAAAAAGACGAUGAUUGGCGGCCUAGUCUACAUGCUGGGUGUCAUCUUCCUCUUCUUCUUUGCAAAGAACCUCGAGAUGCUCCUCGCCGCCGAGAUCCUGUGCGGGAUUCCCUGGGGUAUCUUUCAGACCCUUACGACCUCGUACGCCUCCGAGGUGGUCCCCGUCGCUCUGCGCGGGUACCUCACGACGUGGGUUAACGCGUGCUGGGGCAUUGGCCAGCUCAUUUCCCUUGCCAUGCUCCGUGGUCUCCUGCAGCGCGACGACGACUGGGGGUGGCGUAUUCCCUACGCUCUGCAAUGGUUUUGGCCAAUCCCUUUGCUUGUUAUUGCCUUUCUCGCUCCCGAGUCGCCCUGGUGGCUCACCCGUAAGGGGAGGUUGGAGGACGCUCGUCGUUCUCUCGAGCGCCUUACCAGCCCCAACCAACAUGCCGACCUGGACGCCGUUGUGGCCAUGAUGCACCACACUGUCCAACUCGAGCGCGAGACAACUGCUGGCGCCACCUACCUUGACUGUUUCCGCGGCGUCAACCUCCGCAGAACCGAACUCACUUGCAUGUCCUGGCUGGUGCAGUCGUACUGCGGCUCGGCGUUCAUGGGCUACAGCACCUACUUUCUCCAGCAGGCCGGUCUCUCCACCUCGACGUCGUUUACCUUUUCAAUGGUCCAGUACGCCAUCAACACCUUUGGCGUUUUCAUUGCAUGGUUCAUCAUGGCUGCUGGCGUCGGCCGUCGCUCGCUCUACCUCUACGGCUGCGUUUGGAUGUUUUGUGUCUUGAUCAUCAUUGGUGGUGUCUCAACUAUCCACUCCAACGGCGCGUCCUGGGCUGUGGGGAUCAUGCUCCUCAUCUGGUCGGUCGCGUACCAGUUCACCGUUGGCACAGUGUGCUACUCGCUCGUGACCGAGUUUGCGUCCCGCCACCUCGCUAUCAAGACCAUCAGCCUCGGUCGUGGCAUGUACUGUGUGGCGGGAAUUGUCAAUGGAAGCUUUAUGCCGUACAUGCUCAACCCCACGGCCUGGAACUGGGGUGGCAAGACUGCCUUCUUCUGGGCUGGCUUUUGCCUCAUCUGCAUCGUGUGGAUCUACUUCCGCCUUCCCGAGCCCCAGGGAUACACCUAUGCGGAGAUUAGCUAUCAGUUUGAGCACCACGUUUCCGCGCGCAAGUUCCACAAGGUCAAGCCCAACCUCUUUGAGAACAACGAGGCCAUGGCGGCGGCCGCAAUGGAAAAGGAUGUGGCUGAGGUGCAGCACAUUGACAGGGUCUGA